UAAACUAAAACUAGCCACGUCAGGUAUUCGAGAAAAUUUAGCGAAUUAUAAUUUGUAUUUAGGCGACCAGAGUUAGAAUAAGCGUCACGUGCUACACGUAUUUGUUAUAAGACAUUUGUGGUAGUUUUUGAAAAUAUUUAAUUUGCCAUAUAAUUAUAAAGUAUGUCAUCAACAGAAGAGAAUUUAGAACUAAAAGCUGGUCACCCUCCAGCAGUGAAAGUAGGUGGAAUGCGUAUCACUCAGCACAAACCCCCAACUCAUGAAAAGCCCGUAGAACCUCCAAAGAAGGAAGAAGAUGAGGAGGAAGAAGAGGCUCCAGUAAGCAAAAGUCCUCCAAAGCAGCAGAUUUUGAUAUCUGGUGCUCUUGCCCGGGGUGAUGCUGACUUCCCUGCUGAAGCAGUCAAAGCAUUUCAUGAGAAGCCCACUCCUACCAAAGAUGUUCGUAUGUCCAAUAAACCAACAAUCAUUCACCAACCAAGAAAAUAGACAACAUCCUUAUCAUGGGAAGGAAACUGGUCAUUUUUAUUGCUUGAAAUGGUCUGUUGGUAUGGAUUUUAGAAAGUAACAAAAACGUGUACUUGGCUACAAACUUUUCCUUCAAUCUAAUGUUACAAUAUUUCUUUAUGAAGAAUUGGAAUAUACUAAAAAUAUACUUUGUGUUUAUUGAACUGGACAGUGCAUCCAUAAAAAAUCUUUCACCCACUUAAAAGUUUAAUUGCUUCUUGUAUCUAACAAAAUUUUUAGUUGCAUAUCUUUGAUUGUUAAAUUCAAAAAUAUUCUGCUUUAUAUUAGAGCAAGAAUGAAUCUGGUAUAACACAAGGAAAAUGUGAUAUUCAAACACAAUUAGUUUUAUAAAAUAAUAAAAUCAUUAUAAAACUGUUAGGGAUUUUUCAGAUAUUUUUGUAAAUGUUUGUUGCUUUUAUUGAGUAGGGUUAUCUAAAAAAAUCAUGUUACAAAAAUAAUUUGCUUUCAGUAAAUUAAUUGUUAUCAGAGUUCCAAGUUUUGGUGCAGGGGACCAUUCUAUGUUUGCUGUAUUUUACAAGUUUUGUUUUUCUUGCAAGUAAUGAGAUUGUUGAUUGUUUGGAAAUAAAGCAAAUGUUAAAAAUAAAAAUUUUGUAAGUCAAGAAAA